AUGGCAUCAACCUCUGAGCUUGCUUGUGUGUACAGUGCUCUCAUUCUCCACGAUGAUGGUGUUCCCGUCACGGUAGGUAGUAAAAUCCAAAAUGGUGGUUUUGCCUUGACAAGAAGUUAGGAAAUUAUUUAUUUACGUGGCUGUGAUGAUACUACACCUCUGACAUAUGAUCGUUAAGGGUGAUUCCAAUUUAUAAUCUGAGCCACAACCGGCUGCUAAAUCAUAGAAAACUGCAAUUUGGACACUUCACAUCAGUCACAAUGUUCGUCACGAUUUUUACGUUUCCACGUGUUGUUAUCUACCAAGACUUGUAAAAAUUAACUGAGUUUAUUUAUUUAUCAGGGCUUCAAGGGCAGAAAUUUAACAGGAGAACGAUAGUCUAGGCAGCAAUCCACGUUAAAAUAUGACAUUUUUCUUUUUCUCUAAGAGAUUUGUUACCAAAAAAUGUGGGUCUGCCUGUUGCACAACUUGAAAUUCAUAUCUUUAAAGACGUGUAAUAUUAAGCAGGUAAAAUUUACGCACAGGCCCAUACAUUUAUUAUGCAAACAGCAUGCUGCAAUUUCAUACCAUUCCACACAAAUAUUCGGUACCUUCUGUAGGUACCGACGCACAGAUUACGUGCAACAAAAGUAACAAUAGAGUACCUAGGUGUGACGUCAUAGAAAAUGACAUUUGUGAAAUUAUGGGAUUUGUUAAGAUAUUCUGAAAGAACAACGCCCAAGAUACCUACUCCCCAAAAAUUAGCAAUUUGGGGCAGAUUGUCUCUGAGAUAUUAGCCCAGUUAUGCUCCGAUUACACCAUACAAAUCCUUCUAAAUCUUACCUUGUUCCCAAUCUUAUGAACCAAGCCUAAUUUAGAAGGAUUUGUAUGGAAUCGUCACAGCAUAACUGGGCUAAUAUCUCAGAGACAAUUUGCCCCGAAUUGCUAAUUUUUGGCGAGUAAGCGUCUUGGACGUUGCUCUUUCAGAAUAUCUUAACAAAUCCCAUAAUUUCACAAAUUUCAUUUUUAUGAUGUCAUCACUUCGGUACUCUAUACAACUAAAUAAUAAAGCCGCCAGGAGAACUCAUAUUGUUUGGUUCCUUUUGUUUCUUUUGUGAUAAUAGUACUUGCAGAAAGACACAAAUAUUCAAUAUGAGUGGAGUUGAAUCAUGUACACAUAGUAAAUAUAUGGAGCUGUGCGGAAAUCUUUCCCUUAAACAGGGUUGUCACUAAGAUUUCAAGUUACUGGGUAAAUACUACAAGUAGGCGGGGUAUCAAACAGCUACGGUUUUCUUUUGGUUCCAUUUUCCUUUGAGAGUAGCACGGGGGUACAUUCAUAGUACCUGGUGACUUCCCCUGGCCCCUGCCUCUUAAUGACAGCUGGGCUUAAAAUAAUAAUCCAAAAAAGACUGAAUUUAAAUUUUGCUAAGGUCAGGAAAGCUUUGGUUCCAUACAAGGCUGUGCUCUAGCAGCUCCCAGUAGCUCCUGGUGCUUAACUUUUACUCUCAGGACCCAGUUGUUUGAAAGCCAAUUAGUGCUGACCCUGGAUUAAAUUUUAAUCUGGGUUUCUUAUUCUUCUGUUCAAAAUCAUUUUCUCAAAUAAUUUUCUCUAUUCUUUAUAGAGCUUCAGAUCAUUACAUUGCUGGCAAAAAGAAUUACACUGUGAACUGAAUUUACUUUUAAAGCUUUAACAUCUGAAUUCAAACUUUGUACAAGCCGUGGGUUACCUUUACUCUGCUUUGAACAACAUGGCCCUGGUGACUAGAAAAUCUUACGCUCCCAUAAAAAUCAUAUGCGGAGCACCCUGAAUUUCACAGGUUCAGAGGACGGUGUUCCCUUCAGUUUAUCUUAGAGCACAGCCUUGCCAUGUUACAGAAUUCUUUACUAGGGAAGAUUCCUCAAAAUGUUUGCAGUACUUUUCUUUACAGUGUACUUGGUUUUGAUGCAAUUAGCAUUCAAUUGAACAAGGUUAAUUCUUUAAAAUUCAACAGGCCGAUAAAAUUGAAAAGCUAAUCAAGGCUGCCAAGGUUGAGGUUGAGCCUUUCUGGCCAGGCUUGUUUGCCAAAGCCCUUGAAGGGCACAAUCUGGACAGUCUUAUCCAGGCUGCUGGUUCUCCAGGUGCUGGUGGUGCUGCCUCUGCUGGAGGAGCUGCUCCUGCUGCUGGUGGUGAUGCUCCAGCAGCCAAGGAAGAGGAGAAGAAAGAAGAAAAGAAGGAGGAGGAGGAGGAAGAGUCUGAUGACGAUAUGGGAUUUGGUAAGUUGAGGAUAACAAGUUUGAAGGGCCGAUAA